AUGCCGAGAAAACCUAAAAUUGACAAAGAAGCUGUUCUUUUCGAACUUAGCGAACAUAUUAAAUAUUUAAAUCGUUGCAAAAAACGAUCUUAUGCAAAUCUAAACGGAGUAUUUGACCGCGUAAUUGAAAUCUUCGAAAUAUAUAAAUCCAAUGUAGAAGAUGAACUUAUAAGCGUUGCUGAGUUUAAUAGAGAAAAACGGUCUAUUGAAAGAGAAAAAAAUCGGUGCAAAAGUGAGAUCGAACGUCUGGAAAAGUUAAAUAAAGAACUCAUUAAAGAAAACGAAGAACUCACGGAAGAAAGGGAAGCACUAAUUAAACUCAAUAAGAAAGUUCAGGACAUGAUUGACGAAAAGGACCUUGAAAUAAUGAGACUAAAAGCCGAAAAGCUGAGGCUGCAAAAUGAAAAAGCCAACCUUAUCGAAGAUACAGAAAAACUCCGAGUCAUGGCGGGAGUCUUUGAAUGGUCAAACAAAAAAAAAGAACUCAGUGAUCGAAAAAAAAAUGAAGAAAUUGAAGAACUUCGUCGUGCAAAUAUGGC